AUGAACACUAAAGACAACUCAUUCCAAGCUGCGGAUGAAGCCUGGACCAUGCCAUCUGUCGCGCCGGAUCUCCUGUGCCUGGAUGGCCAUUAUUUCCGCAUCAACUACGAUGUUCCAGAGGAGAUUACCCGGCAACUGGACGAACUUUACGACCGCGAUGCAAUGUACGAAGAGAUCCCGGAGCAUUUGAAGGCAUAUGAAGUCGAAAAGGAAGACACAGAUGUGGAAGAGGCAAAAGAGGUAGAACGGUAUCUUGAGGAACAGGCCAAGCGCAAGAAGACCUCCAGAAAAUGA